AUGAAAGACCCACUAUGUGUGAACCUUCAAACGGAACUGGAGAAUUUCAAAUCCAAAACAGUACAAGAACUUAAAGAACUUUGUCUCUACAAGUCAUUAACCAAAGAUCUUAUCAUUCUUAUCAUGCUAGAUGAAUAUUCUCAACAUGACAGACAUAAAGAGGUUAUAAAUUUAGUGCUAGGUCUUACAACGAAUAUAGUUGAAUCUACAGGUAAUCCCAAAGAUGCAUAUUAUAAUUCUUCAACAUUGUGUAAUUGUAACAGCAAAAAAAUGGCUAGUACUACCAUCACAGAAACUCUAACAUUUAAUUCAAAAACAAUGUCUUUCAACAAGUGGAUAUCUCUUUUGGAAACAGAAUUUAUGAUUAAAAAUGUGACUACGGAUGAAGCUAAACUUGCAUGGCUGCAAUUAAAACUAGGAAUUGAAAACUUGCAAUUAUUAACAACAAUCAUGAUUUCCAAUACUUAUGAACAAUAUAAAAAAAUCAUACAGGGCAAAUUUCCAGUAGAAUUAAGUGAACAAGAACUUCUUGUACAAUAUGGAUCUUAUCGUGUUAAUCUUACUAAGGAUGGAUUAAAAGACUUGCAAACCAUAACAUUAAAAACUUUUCGUGACAGACCUGAGUCUAUUCAAGUAUCAGAAAUGUGUUCAAAGUUAAUGUUAGCUGCCAGAACAGAUCUACAGCGUUAUGUAAUUGAAUCAGCAAAGUCAUCAUCUCUUUCUCAAGCUAUUGAACAAAUCUCAAAAACAGUUCCUGAUAGAAUCAAACAUGUAUCGAAUGAUCGUUGUAAGUUCUGCAAUUUUCCUGGUCACUCGGAAGAACAAUGCCAACGUAAAGCUGCAGGAUUGGAAAAGAAAGACUACUUUUCCAUCAAGCAACAGAGACCCCAGGAAGAAAAAAAUACUGAAACUUUGUAUUCUCAUAAUCUCAUUCUUGAUACUUCAAAUACAGUAGAUGACGACACAUUAUCACCAGGUGAGUUUAAUGAUGCAUAUUUGAAUACUGUCAAUAACAUCAAUGAUGAACUUGAAUUUGAGAAUGAACUUCCUGUAACCAAUAUGGAAUUAGCAUCUUCAGUUUGUUUUAUCAAUCAAGCCAAAGUUCUUCUGGAUGUCGGUGCAAAUGUUAAUGUUCUCAAUAUCUCAACGGUCCAGAAACUACAAAUAUUUGAUACUACAGUUAAAAGAAAGAUAUUAUCAUGGAAAACUGUUACACCAAAAGAAAUUACUGUUACCAAAAAUAUACCUUAUGAUUUAAUUAUGAACAUACAAACUUGUGGUCUUCUAGGAAUAUCAAUUGAUACGGCUAAUAAAAAUAUUACCAUUAAUGAUCCAUUAAAAAAAGAAAUAUUGAAAUUAUAUCCAAAAGCAGUGGUUAGUAAAUCCAAUCCUUUAGGUAAAUGCAUUCUCACAGCUCCACCACUUAUGUUCAAAGAUCUUGAGAUGCCCAAGUUAAAAGAAAUUGAUGAAAUGAUAAGCCUUGAUGUAUGCCAACUUAACUACAAUUAUAAGUACAUUGUACCUAUUCGUGUUGUUAAUAAAGAUUCUACACAAUUACGUAUUUGUCAUGAUUUUCGUGAAAUAAAUAAAAAAAUGUACACUGACUUCUACUUUAUUAAUUUAAAAAAAUCAACAUUUUUUGAUGUAAAAUGUAUAUUUCUUGGUUAUAAAGUUUCCCCUAGAAAGAUCUCACCUAAUCCUCAGCUUAUUCAGGCAUUAAAAGAUUUUCAUACACCAAAAACUCCAUAUCAAUUGCGUGCCUUUCGUGGUCUCUUUAAUUUUCUUGCCCACAACAUCUCAGAUAGUGCCAAAUUAUCCACUCAUUUGAAUGAGUUUAUUGAAUCUCUACCAAAAAGCAGAAAAGAAAUUCCUAUACCAUUAGAUGUUCAGAAAGACAUAGCAGCUAUGAGAGACAAUGCCUUAGCGCAUUCUGCAACUCCAACUUAUUAUGAACUUAAAUCUAUCAGCCGUUCCCUCACCUUUUUCUCACCCCUUAUACAAUACAACCGUAUUCAUGUUUUUACAGAUCAUAAGAAUCUUUUACGUAUUAUCAUGGAUGGAUCUCUUUCCAUUUAUCAAAAAUACAUUUUCAACAUUUACAACUUCAAUUGUGUUAUAAAAUUUGUUGAAGGUCACAACAACUUUGUAACAGAUGCUCUCAGUCGUUUACCUCUAAAUGAGGGUCAAUAUACAGUAAACUGCAUCUCUAAGAAAGAAGAAAUGAACAUUGAAGACUUAUAUCAAUCUUUUCAUGUUAAUACCAGACAUUUAUUACUUGUCAAAAUAAAAGAAUCAUUAAUGCAAGCAAUUAUCAAGAAUCAUCUAAGAUUACGGGUGGCUAAAAGAAUAUUAAAACAAGUGGCUUCAAAAAUGAGUGAAUGUCAAACAUGUAAGGAAAACAAUCUCAUUCCACGUAAGAAAGGUAAUGAUGACAAAUUCAAUGUUACAAAACCUAUGGAACUUCUGUGUCUUGACUUAUUCAAAUAUCAAAAUACCCAUAUCUUAUGCAUAGUCGACAGAUAUUCCAAAUAUAAUUUUUUCAUUGAAUUAAAGUCAACUACAGGAGAUCAAAUUGUCAAAGCAAUCAAAACAAAAAUAGUGGAUAUUUAUGGACUCCCACAAAGAUUAAGAAGUGAUAAUGCUAGAAAUCUUAUAGAAGGCCAGUAG